UGAAAGAGUCGCAUUUCUUGUUUCUCGGGUUUGCCCUACAACAUUUGGCAAGACAACGGGGGCGUGUACACUCCGUGAUCCCAGUGUGUUGUCCGUCUCUUCUCUCUGUGUGUGUGUGUGUGUGUGUGUGUGUGUGUGUGUUCGUCUGUGUUUGUGUGCCUGCAAAACUUUCGUUUCAAAAAAAAAAAAAAUUCAUUGGGUGGGAAACGAUUUUUGUGAAAUCUAUAAAAGUGAAGAUGGUUCAACAACAGCAGCCCGAUUGCAAGGAUGUACGGUCCAGGAAUAUGCAACGAUCUCCUACACCAGAGAGCCUGCAGUAUGGCGGAGGUGACAGUAGUUACGGCAGCAACAGCGCCGGACACAAUCAUCAUUGCUGCUGCGCCAACGGCGAUGCCAGCAGUCCCGGCUCGUCGUUCCAGUCCAGUUUGAAUCAUCCGUCAGGCAGCUGUUCGCAAACGGCCUGCGCUGGAUGUUCGUCGUCGGCUGCGGCGGCUGCAACUGGCAUCACUUGCAUCGCAGGCCCAGUCAGUUCGUCCAGCAGCGGCAAUGCGCCGACCAUCGUCACGUCAACGACGGCCAGCAUCGCGUCGGCCGUCAAAUUCGAACUGGGCCGGAUCGAAGUGUGUGAAGGAUGCGGAUUGGGCAUUGCCGAUCGCUACGUGAUGCGCGUAGCCGACGGAUCCUGGCACGAGGAUUGUCUUGUCUGCUGCAUCUGUCACGCUCCACUCGUCCAUUCUUGCUUCACCAGAUCCGGCAGAGUCUACUGUCGACAAGAUUACGAUAGGGUUUACGGAGCCAAAUGCGGACGUUGCGGCGAACGACUUUAUCCGCACGAACUGGUCAUGAGAGCCGGCUCUUCUUUGACCUUUCACUUGCCCUGUUUCGGUUGUUUCAUUUGCGGCCGGCCACUUCAGAAAGGCGACCAAUUCGUCGUCCGUGCUGGCCAGCUUCUUUGCCGGGCCGACCUCGAAAAGGAUCUCUUUCUCAUCCAAUCAACCACCAACAACAAUAACAAUAAUGGUGAUGAUUCAGCGGCGGAUGAGAACAAUAGACCUCGUCACGACGGACGUCGGGGACCGAAACGUCCGAGAACGAUCCUGACAUCGGCGCAGAGACGCCAAUUCAAAGCCUCGUUCGAAAUCAGCCCGAAACCUUGCCGUAAAGUGCGCGAAGCUUUGGCCAAAGAAACGGGAUUGAGCGUCCGCGUCGUUCAAGUUUGGUUCCAGAACCAACGGGCCAAAAUGAAGAAGUUGCAGCGUAAAGCCAAAAUCGAAGCCGAGAAAAAUGGCUCAUCAACGUCAGUGGCGACGACCUCUGGCGAUAAGAAAGACGGCAAAAGCGACGGCAAAAAGAGGUUUGGAGAUAGCGGCGAUGGUGCGGGCAACUCGUCGCUCAUGUCCAACAUGCCCUACUCACCCAACGGUGAUGGGUCUUAUGUCGGCCAUUCGGGCGAUAGCAUGUGUGGCUCGGAUUUAUCGCUGGACGAUAGCGGCGGCUUUGAUCAGCUGGACGAUGGGCAUUCUCUCAGCGGUGUCGACCUGCAGGACAUCCAGCAACAGCAGCAACAUCCGCAUUCGAUGAGUUUACACCACCAUCACCAUUUGGAUGCAGCUUCGCCUCACCUUCACCAUUCUGAGCUGAUUCCUCCACCGGGAUCCUAUCACCCCAUCAACCCAAUAGACAAACUUUAUUUGAUGCAGAAUGCCUACUUCCGUUUGGACCAAUAAGGUUCAACAACAAGCUUCCCUCACUCGAUUUUCAUCUCUCUCUCCUUCGAGUUUCUCACUCUGCUAAUGUUUUCAUGUAUAAAGUGUUAUUUCUUUCAGUGAAAAACAAGAUGACUAACACUAAAAACAAAACAACAAAAAAAAAUAAUAAUAACGUCAUCGUUUAACAAACCUAGUCGUCGCAUGUUGUUUUACCUCUCGUCACCCCUUUUUUUUUUUUUUUGUAUGUAAUCACUAAUAUUCCCCUCCCCCUAAAAAAAAAAUCUAGUCAUCUUAGUUUUGAAAAAAAAAAAAAAAAAAAAAAUUGCUCUGAUCUUUUUCUCUUUUUUUUUUCAUGCCUCAAUUGUUCGAUUGAAUUUCUUUUUUAUUUCGC